CACGCUGGCAUCUUCUUCGUUCGUUCAUCUUCUUCAGAACGGUCUAAACACUUCUUCUCUUUUCUGCCAUCACUUGACUCAUCAUGAAAACUCGCGAACACUCUCCUCACACCAUAUAAAUACGCUUCUUCUUCUCCACUUUCUCAUCACUCAGCAAAAUCUCAUCAAGAAUAACCAAGCUCAGUUCUAUCCAUCAACAACUCUCAGCAAAACGAUGUCGCUCAUUCCAAGUUUCUUCGGCACAGGGCGAACGACCAACGUCUUCGACCCCUUCUCCCUUGACGUGUGGAACCCAUUCGAAACCGCACUCUCCUUUCCGCGUUCCGAGGUCUCGAGCGAGACGGCGGCGAUCGCCAACACGCGCAUCGACUGGAAGGAGACCCCGGAGGCGCACGUGUUCAAAGCGGAUCUCCCGGGGCUGAAGAAGGAAGAGGUGAAGGUGGAGAUCGAGGAGGGAAGGGUGCUUCAGAUCAGCGGACAGAGGACGAAGGAGAAGGAGGACAAGAACGACAAAUGGCACCGCGUGGAACGUAGCAGCGGCAGCUUCCUCCGCCGCUUCCGCCUGCCGGAGAACGCCAAAGUCAAUGAGGUUAAGGCUGCUAUGGAGAACGGAGUGCUCACUGUCACUGUUCCCAAGGAGGAAGUGAAGAAGCCCGAUGUGAAACCCGUUCAGAUCACUGGCUAGGCUCCCGAAUGGUACCUAUGUGAUCGGAAUCAAAUGAUGAUGUUGUGUCUUUUCUGUAUGUCUUUUUUUUUUUUCUCUUUAUCUGUCUCAGUCUGACAGAGAUGAAUAAAAUGUAUGUGUUUGAAUUGAGUUUAAGGAGUGUCAGAUAAUACUGAAAUGUUAUAGCAGUGUUUGUGUUCA